GGCGUCUCAAAUGUUGCGGCUCAGCGCAUAUUUCCCCUUAUAUACUGUCUCCAGCCCUAGUAUCAUUCGAUCACUGACUCACUCUCAGAAAGGAAUAUAGAAAAGCCCUAGCUUGUCAGUCAGCUUAAUUUCUCAGUACGAUAAUGGAGUUUUGGGGUUUGGAAGUGAAAAACGGAGCGUCUGUUAAAGUUGAGCCUGGAGAUGACAAGAUCUUGCAUGUUUCCCAGGCUUCCCUUGGUGAGGUCAAGAAGGAGAAAGGAAGUGAUCCUGUUUACUUGUAUCUGAAAGUCAAAAAUCAGAAGUUUGUGCUUGCAACACUUUCUCAUGAGAAAUUUCCUCAGGUGAAUUUGGAUGUGGUAUUUCAUGAAGAAUUUGAGCUUUCUCAUAGCUUCAAAAGUGGAAGUGUCUAUUUUACUGGAUAUAAAGUUGAAGCGCCUGAAGGUUCUGAGUCUGAUUAUGACAGUGAAGAGGAUCAAGAAAUUCCACAACUCACUAUUGAAAAUGUAAAAGUUGAGUCAAAAGCUAUUAAAGCAGAGCCUGGUGCCGAGAAGCCUAGUGCUGCAAAAUCUGAUAAUGCAAAGAAGCAUGUGAAUUUCAAGGAACCCCCUAAAGAUGCUAAACCAAAGAAGGAGGAAGAUGAUAGUGAUGACGAUGACUCAUCUUCCGAAGAGUCCAGCGAUGAAGAAAAAUUGGUAUUUUUCUUUAUAUUGUGCAUUGAAUAUGUAACUUGUCUCUAUGUGUAUUGGGAAUGGAAUCUUCCUUUCAUAUUUUUUCUUGUAAAACUGAGGAUAGAUUCUGUACGUAUAGAUAUAUAACUUAUAUUUUAUUUC